AUGCUUUCCACUUCCAUCAUCACCUUUCAAGUCAACAAGACAUGGUCCUAUGGAUCUGCCAAAGAAGGAAAAAAUGUCACGAUUCCCGAUCCCUAUUAUUGGCUAGAAGGGGAUUUGCAUAACGAUACAGAUGUGAUCGAAUUCAUCAAAGAAGAAACAAAAGUUACAGAAGAUUUUAUGGCAAAAUGCAAAGAUAAAGAUGCAAUCACGGCUUCCAUCACUGCUGCUUUCGAUUAUGAUAACUAUGAUUUCUUCACCCGCGUUGAUGGUGGGCCAAGCCCGUACUACACCUAUCAAGUAAAACGUGCAAAGGAAGACCGUCCGACAUGGUAUGUCUGUACACCAGAAGAGUUGGAAGCAGCAAGAAAGGACAACCUUGCAACACCACCCGGCAAGAAAUUCUUGGUUGAAGAAUUGUUGAGCGAAAACGGAACGGCAAAUAUUCAAGAUUGGCGAAAUUCACCAAAUGGAAAAUAUUUCGCUUAUUUAACUUCAGAAGCAAAUGCGGAUGUGGCAACUUGGUAUGUACGUUCGAUUGAUUCACCUUUGAUCAAUGCAACCACUUUCCCGCCUGGUGGUGAAGGUGCUUUGCCGGACGUGAUUCCGUUUUGUCAAAGUGAUUUUGAAUGGAAACCGGACGAUUCUGGAUUUUUCUACAUUCAAACCGAAGAUAGCAAAGGAGGUUUCAAUACAGUGAUUGGUUCGACUAUUCGCUAUCAUCAAAUGGGAACAGCAAACGAAAAAGAUAUUACAAUCGUUCACGCUGAUCCGGUCAGAGCUGAUGGAACGAAUAACGAUUGGCAUAUCAAAUUAAGUCAUGAUGGUCGUUGGCUCAUCGCGAUGGGUUCUCAUGAUGCACUUGAAUACAGAAAAGUGUUUGCUACACUUUUGCCUGAUCAAACUUUAUCAGACAAUAUGAAAUGGAUUUCAAUUUCUCCAACUUAUGAUUUCACAUUCCAAUCAAUCAGUGUGAUUGACGAAUGGCUUUACUUUUCGACCAAUCGUGAUGCUUUGAAUAGCAAAGUAGCAAAAGUCAAACUGGAUUGGAGCAAAGCACGUCAAGUGAGCGAUGUAAACACAUUGACUGAUCGUCUUGAUUUCGUUGAUGUGAUCCCUGAGCAAGAUGAUGCUUCACUUUUUAUUGCAGUUGGAUUGUCAGAAAAUAUGGCUUCUUGCGCUUAUAUCAAAAAUGGAAAAUAUGUCGUUCAAAUUUUGGAUUUAUUAGCCGGUAAGAUCGUUCAUACUGCCAUUCCAAACGAUCCUGCCCAAUUACGAACUUUAAUUACUGCCCAUAAAGCAAAAUCACUUACGCUCACCGUUUCGGGCACAACUUCUCCCGAUGCAGUUUAUGAAGUCAGAUAUGAUGGUCAACAAUUCCAAGACGUUCUCUUGACUGUACAAAGUAUCAAAGGUACCAACGCAACAGAUUAUGUUUCCGAGGAAUUCUUCGCAACAGCUUCUGAUGGAACACAAAUUCCUUAUGCUGUGGUAUCCAAGAAAGGCACUCCAAAGGACGGCACAUGCAGCGCUUGGGUACAUGCUUAUGCUUCUUAUGGCUACAUUGAAACGUUUUAUUUUGAUGCAACAUACUUUUCUUAUUUGGUAGGAUACGAUUGUACAUCAUUCGUUUGGUCUUCCGGAAGAGGUGGUGGCGAUCGUGGUGAACUUUGGCAUAUUGCUGGACAAAGGAAGAAUAAGACAAGGUCCAUCGAUGAUACGAUUGCAGUUGCACAAGAUUUAGUCAAACGCAAAAUUGCUGCACCUGGCAAAGUUAUCCUUGAUGGUGGUUCUGCAGGUGGUAUGGUUGCUGGAGCUGCAGCAAACAGAGCUCCUGAAGGUACAUUUGGAGUCGUUUUUCCCGUAAGAGCAGUUCUUGAUUUCUUCUUACGUAAACGUUCACGAGAUGGAGCAGACCAGAUUGAAGAAUUUGGUGAUGUUGACAAUCCAACCGAUUUCGAUACGAUCAUUCAAUGGUCUCCUUUACAAAACAUCAACAAAACUCGCGAUUAUCCGGCAAUGUUACUCCUUCCAGGUGAUUCGGAUGAUCGUGUGGUGGCCGCUCAUAGUUUCAAAUACCUCGCACAAGUUCAAGCUGAUCAUCCAAACAACAGCAAACCUUUGCUCAUGCACUUGGUCAGGGAAGCAGGUCAUACACAAAUGGGUCUGAGUACGGAUACAGAAACGAUUCAAGGCUUACAUCAAUUAUGUGUGGCUUCCCUCGUUUUAGAUCUCAAGCGUGCGAGUUGA